UUAUUGCGCGGCUAAGAACGGAGCAAGCAGAUAGUGACAAAAGCGACGCGCAAGCAUCAAUAUUUUUACCAAAUUGUAUAUCAAUGUGUUUCGUUUUGGUGCCAAAAACAACAUAAGAUUGUGUAGCAUAAGGACCAAUAUUUCAUUUCUACGCAGCAGCAACAAUCAGCAACAGCAGCAUCAGCAUCGGCCGGAAAAACAAGUUGGCUCAGUGCCCCUCAAGAGUGAAUUGAGAUUCUGGCUGUGAGCAUUCCCAUUCGCAUUCGCAUUCAGUGAGGAAAAGUGCAAGUGCGCAGAUUGAUGUGACGGUGCCCAUGCGCGAACAGCUCAUCGAUCGAUUGGAACCGAUUAUCAAACACUAACCCAACAUAGCCACAAACCCUAACCCUAACCCAAACCCAAACCAAAACAAACCAAAGCAUUGCAACACAAAGCAAAGCAACCCAAUAAACGGGCAACAUUCUGUUCAAAAGCACAUUCAUUAUCAAGCCGAAAACCGAAAGAGUAACGCCAGUUUAUCAACAAAGAAAAUAUGUUUCAAAUCCCACGACCUUCGCGGCUAAUGCUGCAAGUGGCUGCCAUCACUCUAAUCACUAUGCUUCUAAUGUUCUGGCUUGCCUGCCUGCCUGUCUAUCUUUGCAGUGUUCGUCCGUUGGGUGUGCUCUUCCUGGGCCUAUUCAGCUACUGGCUCUAUUGGACACGGUGUAGUUACCGUGUGGUCCUUACACCACAGCUGCGCAACAAAUUCGAGUCGUGGUUGCAUCGUGCUGAGAAUUGGCGUCACAACUCACCCAGCAUGUUCUGUCUGGUUAGCAGCGGCUGCCUGGCCACCCUUGCCAUUUUGGGGCAUCUGAUAUCGGGCUCAACGCUGGUGCUGACCCUAUUGGUACUCUCCGCACUCGUCUCCACCAAAUACAAUUUCAAGCUGCUGCAAAUUGAACGCAGAGAUUUUCAGUGGUCAGAGAAGAUCAACUAUACGAAUGCCGAUGCGGAAGUGGAUGAUGAGUUCAUGCCCGAUGUGAAUGAAUCGAAUCUAUUUGUGCUGGAGCGCGCCAGUGAUGUGGCCACCAUCAGUUCACCCACCGAUGCCGAUGGGGUCGGCGAUAAUGAUGAUGAUGACGAUCGCAGCGAUGAUAUACCCUCUGAGCUUUUAAUACCCGACUCCAUACCCGAAAUCGAUGAGCACUCAACAGACGAGGAUGAUGAGUUGGUGCCCUUGGUGUCUCAGUCCAAGCAGACAGCAGAAGAACAAAGUGCUGCAGGCUACGUCAAGUCUGAACAGACGAAGUCGAACGAAUCCAUCAGCAAUACCAAUUUGUCAAAGGCAGACAAAACGAUGGAUUUUCGCAGGGGACACUUUAAGCGAGACUCCUCAUUGUCCACUACCUCAUCAUCAUCCGAGGAGAGCUUAUCCAAGGGUCUGCAGUUUCCCGACCAUACCAGCGUCGACGCUGGUGCUCCGUCGCUGCCUCAGCUAACUGAUACAGUGGUGAGCAGCGAUGCCCCCACCGGCAGCGCCAGCUCCCUAAUGGCCAUCGCUGUUAAUGCACAAGUGGCGCAAUCCCUGCUUCCCAGCCUCAUGUCCAACUUGGUCAAGUGGGGCGCCAACGAGCUGGCCGUUAAAACAGAUUGCACGGAUAGUGCAGCGCUGGCCAAAUCUCAGCGACGCCAGGUGACCGCGUUGGAUUCAUCCGAUGAAAGCGACUUUGAGAUACUCGAAACGGAUGAUUUUAAGUAAACUAUUGUACGCCUCGUAUUACCAACUAAUAUCUUAAAUAUAUAUUCAUAUAUAUUUACAUAUAUAAACAUACUACACACAAUGUGCAUACGCAAACAUAAAUCCAAUGGGGUCUCAGCACGUUGACUCUUUCAGCGAUUUUUGUAUUUUGCAUUUUGCAUUUUGCAUUAUAUGACAAAAGCAAAGCAGACAAUUAUCAAUUUGCUAUAUAUACAGAUAAGUGAAAUUGUUGUAACGAUGUACUGUAUUGUAUUGUGUUUAAUUCGUAUUGUACGAUGACAAAUACUUAUAUAUAUAUAUACAAUUUAUAUAGGUUUGUAAAAUUUGCUUAAUUUUGUUCAGUUCUGUUACUCUGGGCUCGUGCUUUGUAGAUUAUUAUUUUAAUUAUAAUAUAAUUUUAUCAUUAUUAUUUUUAUUUGUGUUUUUUGGAGCAUCGGUUUAGUUACUAAAGACGCAAAUUGCAAUUGAGUUGAGUUUCAAUCACGAGUUCUAUUAGCAGUAUGCAAAAAUGUAAAUACAUAUUUAUCAAUAUUCAUACACAAAUACAUAUACAUAUAUAUACAUCUAUUCGGUUAUCCAUGCGAAUGUUGAGCUACUUAAUCUGUACACAGAACGCUUUAAAAAAACAAACAAAAAUCGAGGCAAACAUACGUACAUAUUUACAACCUAAUGCGGUGCUGUAACCCAUUUAAACAAAAAUCGCUUAAUACCAAUUUGUCGUAAUUGUGUAUAAAACAAAAAUUGUUCUCAAGUGAAACAUGCUUAAAUAAAACUGAUUUAUUUUGGUAAUUUA